CUUUCGGUGUCGGGCUCCUGUCUUGCCCCGCUUCUCCGGAGUAGCGGAGCGAGGCCGCACCCGCCUCGCCGCUCCAGCACCCGGCGAUCGCUUCCAUCCCGCGGGGAGCGCGCUCGCCGCGCCGCCUUUCAAGCCAGGCCAGGGGCCCAGGCCGUGGCGGGAGGCGACCCGGCUGUCGCCUCCUCUCUCGGUGGCGCUCGGGCUCCCGGCUGGCCCUGUGCUUCAGUGUGGGCGGAGAACCGAAAGCAGAUCGAGCUUGGCUGCCGGGCACCGCUUCUCCCCGAGCACCCACCCACUUACCCACUCACCCGGGACCCCGCCAGGACCCUGCGAGGAUGUUCGCCGCCGGCCUGGCUCCCUUCUACGCUUCCAACUUCAGUCUCUGGUCGGCCGCUUACUGUUCCUCGGCCGGCGGCCCGGGCGGCUGCUCCUUCCCCUUGGACCCGGCCGCUGUCAAGAAGCCCUCUUUCUGCAUCGCGGACAUCCUGCACGCCGGCGGCGUCGGGGAGCCGGGGCCGGCGGCGGAGGGACUGGUGGGGGCUUCGGCCGCCCUCACCGCGCACUUGGGCUCCGUGCACCCGCACGCCUCCUUCCAAGCUGCCGCCAGAUCCCCACUACGUCCCACCCCGGUGGUGGCGCCCUCAGAAGUCCCGGCUGGCUUCCCUCAGCGGCUGUCCCCGCUCUCCGCUGCCUACCACCAGCAUCUCCCGCAGCAACAACCGACGCAGCAGCAACAGCAGUCACAGCAACAGCCUCCGCCUCCGCCGCGGGCGGGCUCCCUGCAGCCACCACCGGCUUCAGGGACGCGGGUGGUCCCCCACCAUAGCGGCUCCGCCCCUGCCCCCUCCAGCAAAGACCUCAAAUUUGGAAUCGACCGAAUUCUGUCUGCAGAAUUUGACCCAAAAGUCAAGGAAGGCAACACGCUAAGAGAUCUCACGUCGCUGCUAACCGGUGGGCGGCCUGCAGGGGUGCACCUAGCGGGCCUACAGCCUUCCGCCGGACAGUUCUUCGCAUCUCUAGAUCCUAUUAACGAGGCGACUGCUAUCCUCAGCCCCUUAAGCUCCAACCCAAGAAAUUCUGUUCAGCAUCAAUUCCAGGACACGUUUCCAGGUCCCUAUGCUGUGCUCACCAAGGACACCAUGCCGCAGACGUACAAGCGGAAGCGCUCGUGGUCCCGCGCGGUCUUUUCCAAUCUGCAAAGGAAAGGCCUGGAGAAGAGGUUUGAGAUCCAGAAGUAUGUGACGAAGCCGGACCGAAAGCAGCUGGCAGCCAUGCUGGGACUCACAGACGCACAGGUGAAGGUGUGGUUCCAGAACCGGAGGAUGAAGUGGCGACACUCUAAGGAGGCUCAGGCGCAGAAGGACAAGGACAAGGAAGCCGUGGAAAAGCCUUCAGGCGGAGCCCCCGCCGAGGGCGACCUGGAAGAGAGAAGCCCCAGCCGUUCCGAGGGCGAGGCCGAGAGCGAGAGUAGUGACUCGGAGUCCCUGGACAUGGCCCCCAGCGACACGGAACGGACUGAGGGUACUGAGCGGUCCCUGCACCAAACUGCGGUCAUCAAGGCGUCCGCCCCGGGCGCUCUCAUCACAGCUAGCAGCAGCGUGAGUGGCGGCUUCAGCUUCGGCAGCGCCGGCAGCCUGGGUAGCAGCCACAGCGGCGGCGCGGGGAGUGCCAACAGCCUUGGCGGCGGCGGCAGCUGCUCGGAGCUGCUCCCGGCUCACCAGCCUUCCGUCACCAGCAAUCCCCAGAGCCCGGAGCCUGCCCAAGCCCCGCUUGCAGGCUUGUAGACUGGACCGAGGGUACCUACGGCAUGGCAUGGCAUGCAGCUUCCCCAACACUGGCCGGAGUUUGUGCCUACUUUAGUUGGUGGCCAGGGUCGCCACGACGGGAGACGCCGCCCAGGGCAGUUUCUUGGGGGGGGGGUUCACACCCUUUCUCUUGCUGCCUAGGCUGCUUGAGGCCUACGGCUCCCACAAUGAGAGGAGAGUUGUGAGGUUCCCCCAGCCAAAGAAUUUAACUGUUCUCCCUACCCAAGCAGCUCACACUGUGAAGUGUUGGAUGGAACUGUCCCUCUGAGCACCAGGGGUCUUGACAUAAGGACACGCUGCACUUAG